AUGGAGGACCAACAGAAACGAAAACAAAAGAAAGAGAAGGAGAUGGACCUAUCUGACCUUAGGCAUUUUAUCCAAUUAAUGCUAGAUGCUCAAGAUCAGGGGUUUCUAACUUCCAACACAUUCACAAAGCCAAAGUUUGAGGAGAUAUCGAAGGAAAUCCAAAGUCGCACCAAACAUUUCUUUACAGCCGCAUUUUUGCAGUUAAAGUAUGGACAACUUCGGGCAGAUUGGCGACUUUACAAGGCACUUCAUAACUUUUCUGGUGUAAGUGUUGAUCCUAUGACUGGUGCCAUUCAAGCAGACCCUGAACAGUGGGAUGAUUGGAUCAAGCAAAACUCAAAAGUUAAAAAAUUCAGGAGCCGGGGGUUGGAGUUCUUUGGUGAAAUGACAAAAUUAUUUUAUGAUUCGACUGCUUCUGGCGAGUACAACCUUCCCCGUGGAGUUGUACCAGCCAAUUCGGAUGAAGAGAGGGAGACAGAAGAAGUGUUUCGAAGUAGUGCAAUGAACAUGUUUGGAAGAAUGACAGUUGAAGGUGUUCCUAACAGUGGACAGACCUUUGAGAUAGGUGGAAGCUCUAAAAAAAGUGGCAAGAGGGUUAUGAAUAUAGGAGGUAGCUCAGGGGGUCAGGCUUCUAAAAAGAGCCGUGACAGCCGGGAACCAAGCUAUGAUGUUGUGGUGGAUCAUUGGGUCGAGAAACAGUCAGCGAAAGCUAAAGAUGAUUUACUAUCGGAGUGCAUGGACAUACUUAACGGUAUGCAGUUGCCCGAUAUCGAUACGUAUGUCAACGGUACAAAAUAUCUUGCACAUCCACCUAAUCGAACCAUCUUCAAGAAGGCUACUUCAGAGCUGCGCGUUCAUCUUAUCCGUGGUUGGUUCCCUUGA